UAAGAAGUGCCUAAGUUUUUCAAGAAUCAGAAAAGACUUGUCCUUCCCGGAACCCAUCUAUGGAUCCUCCCGUGUCCCCAAAGCCAGCCAGACCUACAGGUGGACUACUUCUUUGACUUCAUGAGAGGGAACUCGUUUUUUGGACACUUUCUGGGCGCCACCUACCCAAGUGGAGAUGUCUGAGGAAAAUAUGGGGGAAGAAUCGAGCAGCUCCCCUGCUUCUCCUGUGGACAGCCUGGGCAACAGCGAGGGGGAGCUGGACAGGCAGCCGAAGAGAUGUGGGAGGAAGAGGAGACCGAGCAGGAGAAACGGGGAGGACUCAGAUAGCCCGACCCCUGGGAAAAGAGAGAAGAAGUCCAGCAGCAGCAGCCCCCAGUCUUUCGAGGAGCUCCAGUCGCAGAGGGUCAUGGCCAACAUCCGAGAGCGACAGAGGACCCAGUCUCUCAACGAGGCGUUCGCGGCUCUGCGGAAAAUUAUCCCCACUUUACCCUCGGAUAAGCUCAGCAAAAUACAGACCCUCAAACUCGCGGCCAGAUACAUCGACUUCCUCUGCCAGGUGCUGCAGAGCGACGAGCUGGACUCCAAAAUGUCAAGUUGUAGUUAUGUGGCGCACGAAAGGCUGAGCUACGCCUUCUCCGUGUGGAGGAUGGAGGGCGCCUGGUCCCUGUCAACGUCUCACUAGCAUCUGCGGGGCGAACGCGCGUGCGCCCGGUCCGGUGCGACCCGGAGCCCGUGGCGCCGGGCCGGCGUCCGCGGCCGCCCCUCUGCACGCCUCUCUGCCCGGUUUAGUGACGUUCAACUCCCUCUCCGAGCCACAGGUCACUGCUGAAUCUCCUGAACACGCUCUGACGGGGCACAUCUGGAGUCCAAUGCUGGAUACAUGGGAUCACACUGUUUAAGCCAGAGCAGACAGAAGCUGUGGGGACCGCUUUGCUUUGCAGAGGCCCGACUGGGACUCAGCUCCGCGCGCCCCACUAACGCGUCUUUGUGUCGCUGACGACCAGUGUUAAACGUAUAAAAGGAGUGUUGUUGAAGCGGUUCUCUCAGAUUUCCUGGUGUGAGGCUGUCAACUGGUGGUGUAGCUCACGUUACACCCUGACCUUUGUGGAUUUAACCUGUGCAAAAAUAUUUUCAGAAUGCAUUUAUUUAUUUAUUGUCGAGGAGUUCAUCCUGUGUCUGAAAUACAUUUUUUUACUAUCGUCCUCGUGUAAAUGUUUGUAUAUUUUUUGCAUUAAAGAAAAUGACGAUAAAAACGCUGGACUCUGUUUUUGUC